CAGGGGGUUCGAUACAUGUAAACAGAGUCGCGCCUGCUGGUCCGUUGAGCGUUCGUGUGACACGCGCUGAGGUAUUGUGCCCGCGCACAUGUCCGUGCUGUUCCAAAGCGCGCGAGGCUGGCUCGUAGAUCAGCUGUCUCACGCGAACCGAGGCUUCGAGCGCUGCAUCGCGGGCGGGACGGCGAGUCGCGAGCGGUUUGUGCGCUUUUCUUAUAAAAGUGAAUACUUUGAGACGUUGAAGCCGCACAUCGUCGACGGCAGCCCUCGGCACGAGCACAACGGAGCGCGAGGGGCCCCCGGACGCGGGGGGCGGAAGCGGAAACGGAAAUGCGAAGAGUUGAACCAAGGAGAAAUCGACGCUCAGCACUAUCAUGAGAAGGUAAGGAGAGUGAUCUUGGAGGGGAUGGAGUCCUUUGUGGAGGCGGGCCGCUCGUGCGGGUACCUCGCUCAGGUGGAUGGGGAGCGAAGGCUCCUUCCCGCCGGACCCGACGACCGCCUGGCGGAGCUGUGCGACACGGCCAAGCAGCUCCCUCUAGUGGACGACAGCGAGGAGCACCCGGCGCAGCGCGUGCCUAGCGACGACGAGUCCCUCGACACGCUGGACCUGUUCACGCGGGUCACGGAAAACCCGUGGCCCUUCGCCAGAGAGGUGGCGUUCCUGGGGGAGACGUACCUGCUCCCGCCACGCUGCAGCUUCCUGCUCUCCGACGUCUCCAGGCUGCAGCCGCUGCUCAACUAUGGGAAAAAGUUUGACGCUGUCGUCCUGGACCCGCCGUGGGAAAAUAAAUCCGUGAAGCGGAGCAACAGGUACAGCUCCCUGCCCUCUUCCCAGUUGGCCCGGCUGCCCGUGGCGGACUUGUGUGCCCCAGACUGCGUGGUGGCCACGUGGGUGACCAACCGUCAGCAGCACCGCCGCUUCGUUCGAGAACAUCUGUACCCGCUGUGGGGCGUUGAGCCGCAAGCUGAAUGGCUCUGGGUGAAGGUGACCCGCUCAGGAGCGUAUGUAUUUCCUCUGGACUCGCCACACAAGAAACCCUACGAAGUCCUGGUCCUUGGGAGGGUCCGCAGGGGACCCGAUGCUUUGCUCAGUUCUACCAGGGAGCGGGGAGCUGCCCUCCCGGACCUCAGGCUGAUUGUCAGCGUGCCAUGUAGGCUGCAUUCCCACAAGCCCUCGCUAGCAGAGGUGCUGAAGGAAUUCCUCGGACCCAACCCCCAGUGCUUGGAGCUGUUUGCUCGCAAUCUGCAGCCAGACUGGACCAGCUGGGGCAACGAGGUGCUCAAGUUCCAGCACCGCAGCUACUUUGAGGUGAUGCCGGACAGACCGUCUGCAGCCCCUGUCCCAGAAGCUCUGUCCGUCACCAGCUGAGAGAUGAACUUUGAGCAUUGAUCAUCACGUCCAAGACAGGGGAAGUUCUCCCAUGGAGAAAAUGUCUUAGUUCAUUGACUGCUGUGUUACUGUUCCUUUUAGUGGUUAAAGAAUGGGAGCGCCAGAUGAGGGGAUGAAUUGUGACACAGGAAGGCCACGUUGUCAUGGCAAUCUUGGGCCCGGUAGGUCUUUGUGUUUCGUGUUGAAUUUUACAGUGUAAUCAUCUUUCCUGUGGGUUUGUUUUAUAAACUGUUUUUAGACAUGUUUUUUAAAGUGCAUAUAAAUGUUUUUGCAAAUAAAUCUCCUGUCCUUGGGUUUUCCUCGUGUGACUUUCGCAGUAGGGAAGGCUUCAAAAGUACCUUCUUCCACACAUCUAGACAUUUGGAGUUGUGUAGGUAUUUUAUGCUCUCUA